AGAAGAGAGAAAGAUGGCCCAACAAGCACAAGACGACACGCUCGCUCCCCUAUAAAAAUCCCACCAAGAAAGGAGGGAGUCGAUUCGUUCACCGUGGUCAGAAGAAUUUCAUUGCCCGAGCAGCCCCCAUCUGGCGUUUCCUUCGCGGGCACGCGAGGUUGACGCUGUCCCGCCAUCCGGACCGACGACGUCGUUUCUCCUUUGCCUCGUCGUCGUCGUCUUUCUUGAUUCCCCUUCUCCCAGUUCCCUGGAGCGACGCCGCGGAGCGAGCGAGCGAUUCGUUCCAUGCCGGGGACGAAAGCGAGUUGAGCUUCUUGGAUUGAUGGGUCUUUUUUUGUAACGAACUCGCGUCAGCUGUUGAAGACACCCGAGAUCACCGUAUAAUUAGGAAACCUCAGCUUCCAAGACCGGCUACUUUGACUCGCGAGGUCGAUUCCUUCCGAAGAUCAAAGCGCCGUCUUCGAAUUGAAGAAACUUCCCAGCUCGCCUUCUUGGACUUGUACAUUAUUAUAAAGCCAGGAAAGAAAAAGGAAAAGGAAAAAGAAAAGUAUGGGCGCUUUAAAAGUCCGUGGCUUGACGGAGUUGGUUUAGGGAGUAGGUUGUUCUCAUGGCUAUUGAAUUGACAGAAGCUGGAGCAGGUGGUGGUGGAGGAGGGGGAGAGGCCGCGGUCAACGGCCGCGUGGAGGCAGGCGGCGGUGGCGGCGUCGGCGCGGAGAAGAUGAGCCCUGCGGCCCGUCUGUUCCACGCCCCGAGGUUCAACUGUUACAUACUCGCGAUCAUGGGUUGCAAGACGAGGAUCAAUCCGGGCGUGGUCAAAGCAGGGCUUGAGGAGACUCUGCUCAAGUUCCCUCGUUUCUCCAGUAAAAUGGUGGGAGAUGUAAAGAGAAGUGGAAAGAUGAAGUGGGUUCAGACGAAGGUGAACUUAGAUGAGCAUGUUAUUGUUCCCGAUGUGGACCCGGACAUGGACUCGCCGGACCGAUUUGUGGAGGACUACAUUUCCUAUCUAACCAAGACACCUCUGGACAUGUCCAGACCGCUGUGGGAGCUUCAUCUCCUGAAUGUGAAGACUUCAGAUGCUGAGGCUGUUGGGAUUUUCCGGAUCCACCACUCGAUGGGUGACGGCGCCUCGCUAAUGUCUCUGCUCCUGGCUUGUACCCGGAAAACGGCUGACCCAGAAGCACUACCUACUAUUCCUGGAAAGAAACGUGCGGGAACAGAUAAUUCGGGCGGGUUCUGGUGGUUCUUCUUGGCCUUGUGGUCAAUGUUCCGGUUGAUGUGGAACACAUUUGUAGACUUCAUGGUUUUUGUGGCAACAUUUUUUUUCCUGAAAGAUACGGAGAGCCUGGUUAAAGGUGGACCCGGGGUUGCGAAAGCUACUAAGAGAUUUGUGCACCGGACAGUCAGUUUGGAUGACAUAAAACUCAUAAAAAAUGCACUGAAUAUGACCAUCAAUGAUGUUGUGCUGGGAGUGACAGAAGCUGGACUAUCUCGGUAUCUGAAUCGAAGAUAUGAAGGUGUGAGUGGAAAAGACCAAAAAUCCAAGAAGAAGAAAUCAAAUAUUCCAAAAAAGAUGCACCUUAGGGCUACUGUUCUCAUAAACAUAAGACCAACUGCGGGAAUCCAGGCUUUGAGCGAUAUGAUGGCCAGAAAGUCCAAGGCAAAGUGGGGAAAUUGGAUUGGAUACAUUCUCAUUCCCUUCAACAUUGGUAUAGAAGAUGAUCCAUUAGAGUAUGUUCGCAAAGCUAAAGCAACGAUAGAUCGCAAGAAGCUCUCACUGGAAGCUAUAAUAACAUUCGGAUGUGCGGAACUUGUACUAAAGCUAUUUGGUGUCAAGAUGGCGUCUGCAAUUGCACACAGAAUCCUUUCCCAUGCUACUCUGGCCUUCUCUAACGUGGUCGGUCCACAAGAAGAGAUCAGCUUCUAUGGCCAUCCAAUGGCCUACCUUGCUCCAAGUGUUUACGGCCAUCCACAUGCAUUGACAAUACACUUCCAAAGCUAUGUCAACAAGAUGACCAUUGUAAUAGCAGUUGACCCAGAGGUGAUUCCCGAUCCUCACCAGCUCUGCGACGAUCUAGAAGAGUCUUUGAAGACCAUGAAGGCUGCUGUCUCAGAAAAAGAGCUUGCCACUGUUGUUCCCAUAGUAUGAACACCUUGUUCUAUGAAGAGUAUUCAUUUUGUCCACUAAUAUUUGGCCAAGGAUUUAUCCUUCAGGUGCGAGAGGAGCGAGAAAGAGAGGUGAAAAAAGGUAGGGAGGAACUGAGUGAAUUCUUUGAUUUUAGCUACAUAUUCUUUCUUUGCCUGAAAGAGCAGCAGGCAGAGGUGAGACAGGCAAGGAAGUACCGGAGAUUGGUAUUGCUAGGUCUUGACUGUUGCAAACACUUGCCACAUAUUGUUUUUGGGCACGUACCAACAUGUUCUUCACUGUAUUUCUCUGAGAAAUGACAUGAUACCAUGCAAAGUGAACCAUGAUAUGUAAUAUGUAUUCAUCCAUUUUUUCCUCGAUUAA